AUGGAACCACCUUUAUUGUCGCCCUCAAUAACAAAUGCCACCCUCUCUCCGACGCCGUCAUCCCCCGGAGACGGCGGAGGCGGAAACUUUGACAACGCAUGGUAUGGACACAUUCAGUACCUGUUCAACAUCUCGAUCAUCGGAGCUCUCACUUGUCUAUUGAUCUUCGUUUUUGUGAAGCUCCGCAGCGACCACCGCCGCGUGCCGGGUCCAACCGCCUUCGCCUCCAAGCUGCUCGCCGUGUGGCAUGCCACCAGUCGCGAGAUUGCGCACCACUGUGGAGCUGAUGCCGCCCAGUUCCUCCUAAUCGAGGGUGGCAGCUCCGCCAUCCUCCUCCUCCUUGCCACCCUCGCAGUUGCAGUUAUGCUUCCCCUCAAUAUCUACGCCGGGAAAGCCCCAAUUUCUGAUCAAUUCUCGAAGACCACCAUAAAUCAUAUUAAAAAAGGUUUCGUGAUGGGUAAGGGAAUCCAAGGAUUCCAAGCGAGCCCAGCUCGAAUUUAA